AUGUCGCAGUCCCGCAAGACGCUGGGCUCCGGACAGUUCGAUGCACGCAGAAACCAAACCCCGUCGCCGGGCGCCGACGGCGAGGCUCCCCGGCCCAACGGCAAGCCCGUCAACCGGAGGAUUUCCGAGUCCCAGACGCCGGCGGCAGCAAGGAGGACGCCAUUACGCACGCGCUCGGAGGAGAGACGGCCGCGACCACAGCGCAAGGCCAGCGUAGGCAGUCCCAACGGCUCAACUACUAGCGGCUCCAGCCGCGGGAAGCGGUUUAGCAUUGGCGAAUCCGACGACGAGGAUGACUCGGAACACGAAUCCGACUCGGACGACUAUCGCCGCUCCUCCCGCUCCCGCUUUCGCUCCAGCCCGGACCAGAGCUCCGUCAACGAACCCUUCAGCUCCUCGGGUCCCAGCCGCAGCUCCAGCCGUGCGGUGAGGCAGCAGCCCACCACUUGCCGAGACCCCAGCAGGGGCCGCAAGUCGAACAGGAGUCGCAGCAGGGCCGCCAGCAAGGCCACUACAACAGACCGCCGGCCUGCCCACAAUGGCCCCAGCCCCAGAGGCACGGCCCGGAGCACGUCGGUGCCCGCUCGGAACGGCCUGCUCAGGCGGACCAUGAGCAGCCACCGCCGCGAGAGCAACGUGGGCCAGGACGAUGGCAGGCCGAACCUGAAGCGGGCCACGAGCCACCACAACCUCGAGAGCCACUCGCGCGACCUCUUGCAGUCGGGCCAGGAACGCCCGCCGCCGCCGCUGUUGCCCGCGGUGAUCCCCGAGCCAGAGUCUGCCCGCCCGCGUCGGGGCCAAUACCCGUUCGAGAGCUUCAUGGGGGAGGACCCGACGCUGGAGACCAAGGCUUCCGAGGUUGUGCGGUCGCGGUCGCAGUCGCGGGGCAGGCCAAUGGCAAGAGUGGCCGCCGCCGCCAGUGCUGCAGCCGCCUUCGCGGCUACCAUCCCACCACCCCCGCCCGUGCCGGCCAGGGCCACUGCCAUGUACCCGGCCGCCAGCUUCAUCGGCGAGGGCGCCUUUAGGGGCGCCUCGGUGUCGGCUCCCACCUCGACCAACUCGUCCCCCAUUGAGGGGCCGUCGAAGCCGCCACCGCCGAAGCGGUCGGCGUCCACCCCGCCGGGGAGGCUGAGAUGGGCAGGGACGGCGCCCGUGGGCAUUCCCAUCACAGCCAUCCAGGGCCACAAGAUUGUCCCUGUGGCAGCACGGUCGGCGUCUUCGGCAUCCACUACACGCUCGGCUAAUAGCAAGCGGUCGGCGUCCACACCCCCGGGGCCAAUGGACGCACCCAACCGUCGACCCAGCAUCAUGCAGGGCCUCCCCCAAGCGCCCCAACCUCCCGCGCGCCGUCCCAGCAUGUAUCCUUUCGAGAGCUACGUUGGCGAGGACCCGACGGCCGAGAUGAUGGCGAGCGCUCGCUCCAAGUCAAUCCGGGUGCCAACCUCGAGCAAGAAGUUUGCCACAGGACCCUUUGCCCCUGGUGCUGCUGCUUCUGUUGUCGAUGCCGCUCCUGCCACCGCCUCGACGCCUCGUCAGCCUCGCACGACACUGUAUCCAGCCAGCAGCUUGGUAGGCGAGGAUGGCGUGAUCAAGGCCGCCAGUGGUGCGGAUAAGCGGUCCACAACCGCCGCCGCCAUGCCAAAGCCAAGAGUGCUGCCUGCUGCUGGCUCCGCACCCAAGGACACCAUCGUCAGUAAGGCCGCUCUUGCUGUCAUUAUGGGCGGUGGUGACAUUGUGGCCUCGCCUACGGAAAUUAGGACCAUGCAUGUUGGCGCCCCACGGCUUUCACUGCAGGCCCUGCCUUCGGCUAUCAGACUGGACGAAAAAAGGGGUUUCGGCGAUUUGGCCGACGACGAGGAUGGCAAGACUACAAAUAAGCCUGCCGUCCCGGCUGCGACUGCGGUUGGCGUUGCCAUCUCGGAUGACGAUGUGCUUAGCCAAGUAGACGCAACCAAGGGACAGCCCGCACGACCCGUUCGCCGCAACACAGACGCCGCCUCUCCGGUCGAGAGCGCUUCCGCCACGCCUUUUGCCGACACGGCCGCUCCCAACGAGUUUGUCGAUCUCGAAAAGGCCCUGCCGGUCCCGCAGUCCUCCGCCAGGAGCUACGACGGCAACAGCAUCCAAAAGGCCCCGGGCGCAGCAGCGGCACCCCCCGCGCUCAGGUCCGGCGAGAUGUCGUGGUUCUACAACCCGGGUCUGGGCACAAAGGGCCCACGGGCGUGGAAGAAGCGCACAUGGGGCCUGCUGGCCGGGGUGGUAGUCCUCAUCGUCGUCAUCGCCGUCGCCGUCCCCAUGUUGCAGCAGCAGGCGGAGCUCGAGAGGCGCGCGUGGUUCAACACGUACCCGGACUACGCCAGGCUAAACUACAGCCUGAGUGACAACUGUGAGCAGCGGCAGCAGCAGCAGCAGCUGGCCUGCACUUCCUAG